GGCCGGGCCUGGCGGACGCUUGUUGUUGUCCGGCCCGGGGAGGUAGAGGUCGUUUGCUCGCUUGCUCGGGCCUUCUGUGGCGGUCGGCGGGCAGGUCGGUCGCGAUAGUCGGGCGCCGUGCACGGGCGAGGCUAUGUCGCGGUGGCAGCCCGGAUGGGCCGGCGGGGCCGGGAGUAACGGGACGUCGCUGCGGAGCUUCUUUCCCCGGAUACAGUGCGGCCCGAGCGGAGGCCGCGGCGCCGCACUCCGGUCCUGAGGCGUCCGCGCUGCCCGGGGCCUGCACUGCCUUCUCACCCGCACCGACGCCAAUCGACCUGCCCCUGCCUGGUCCGGCCCGGCCCGAUUGAGCGCAGAGUAAGCAGGUAGGCAGCACUAGCCCUUCGGAGCACAGGACCUCCUCCCCGAGGACAUGAAGCUGUUGGAGAACUCCAGCUUCGAGGCCAUCAACUCGCAGCUGACCGUGGAGACAGGAGAUGCCCACAUCAUUGGCAGGAUUGAGAGCUACUCGUGUAAGAUGGCGGGCGACGACAAGCACAUGUUCAAGCAGUUCUGCCAGGAGGGCCAGCCACAUGUCCUGGAGGCACUGUCCCCACCCCAGACCUCGGGCCUCAGCCCCAGCAGACUGAGUAAGAGCCAAGGCGGCGAGGAUGAGGGCCCUCUCAGCGACAAGUGCAGCCGCAAGACCCUCUUCUACCUGAUUGCCACGCUCAACGAGUCCUUCCGGCCGGACUAUGACUUCAGCACAGCCCGGAGCCACGAGUUCAGCCGGGAGCCCAGCCUCAGCUGGGUGGUGAACGCAGUCAACUGCAGUCUGUUCUCGGCUGUCCGCGAGGACUUCAAGGCCCUGAAGCCGCAGCUGUGGAACGCGGUGGAUGAGGAGAUCUGCUUGGCUGAGUGCGACAUCUACAGCUAUAACCCAGACUUGGACUCAGACCCCUUUGGGGAAGAUGGCAGCCUCUGGUCCUUCAACUACUUCUUCUACAACAAGCGGCUGAAACGGAUUGUGUUUUUCAGCUGCCGCUCUAUCAGUGGAUCCACCUACACUCCCUCGGAGGCAGGCAAUGAGCUGGACAUGGAGCUCGGGGAAGAGGAGGAGGAGGAGGAGGAAGAGAGUGGAGGUGGAGGCCGCGAGGGCGGCCCCGAGGAGACCAGCACCAUGGAAGAGGACAGGGUCCCGGUGAUCUGUAUGUGAAGAGGCGGAACAGAGGCCCUAGCUUCACCCAGCUUCAAACAGUGCCUGGACCUGCCCACCUGAGGGGCCCCAGGGCCUCCACAGCUGCUGGCCAGAUCCUGGCGCUGCCACAGCACCAGCGCCACUCCAGGCCACACCUGCCUAGCCCUUUGGCUGUAGCCUGUGGAUGUCCCCUCAGCCCCACAGACUCCCGCUGCCCACGCUGUGGCUGGACUGGACAGCAACGGCACAGGGCCUGGUGGGAAGAGCCACUGCCCCGCCCAAACGAACUGACACGGGCAGGAACAGCUGGACCACAGAGUUUAUUUUUGUAUUUUGUGCAGGGUCAGGCCUGGACCUGCACACUCCAGCCCAAAGGGCCGGAGACCCAGCAGGCGGUCCCCAGGGGUCAUCCGCCCACCUGUACUCCCCACCUUGCCCAUCGGGCAGCGUGCACUGAGUGUCACUUUGCUGCAGCUGGUUUGCUUCCAAUAAAAGUUUCUGUGACUCAG